AUGGCUCCAUCGUUCGCUUCUGCUUUGGAAUGGAAGACGAUGCGGCUCAGUGGCGACAUGAGUGAGAAGCUUGAAGCCUCCGGCCCUCCCAUGCUGGUCGCUGUGGCGCGGUUACACGACCAAAACCGGUUGUCCCGCGGACUGGAAACUCUCGCGGAUGGGUGUGCCGAUGAUGGGUCCCCUCGGUUGGCACCCCUGCUCUGCGAACGGGCUACUACAUCUGCGGCCGUGGGGGAGCUGGCCCAAGCUGGAGUAGCUUUCAGCUCGACCAGGCCUGCCGCGCUGCGCUUCGGAGUUCACGAUGGACGUCAUGCCCGAAGAGGCCUCAGUGGCGUGCUUCCCACCUCGACACGCUCCAUCCAAGAUGCUGUCUGCCCGCGAGCUUGGCUUGCGGCAGCUCGUGUAUUAAGUAGAGACGCUUCCCACCCGCCGUAG